AUGGACUCCGGUCCAGUAAUCCACACCGAGCUGGUCACAUCAACGGACCUCCUCUCACAGCCAUGGCUGCCAGAUCUCACCCGCAUGAUCAACGCAAGCUAUAUGGUCAGCCACACCGACAAAAUAAAGUAUCUGGACAAUAAAGUCCGACUUCGGACCGACAGUGAACUUUCCGAAGAACUGGGCGCAGAUGGUUUCACGGCCGUGGCGUUUGCCUCUGGAGACGCAGACGAAAAGGUCCAAGUCAUCGGCACCGCAAGCGUGAAGCCCUGGAAAGAUGAUGGACUCUGGAACCCCCUCGACCACGAUGAUACCAGCCAUGAUCCUACGACGGAGAAGCUGAACAGUGAAAUGGAGCAGAUUGUCCGAGACCAUGCUUGUCCGGGGGACUACGAGCUUGCCGUGGUGGCGCUUCCGCCAGAUCCCCGUUACCGCGGGAAGGGCAUUGCCGGACGGUUGGUGAAGGCGUGUGAAGAUGAGAUUCUACGACGUCGGAGACAGGAAGGUGAUCAUGAAAGGCCUGUGCGGGUCAUGAUCCGAGUCUCGAAAGAAAACGCUGGAGACUAUUGGCUCAAGCAGGGAUUCAAGACUGUGGGGAGCCGGAGGUGUCCCAAGGGUUUCUGGGAUUCCCUCGAGGAAUUCACCAUGUGGGCCAUGAUCCGUGAGCUUCAUCCUCAGUAG